AUGUCUGCGAGCGUCGCACAGCUCAAGCAUGAGGGCUCACCGCGACAGGUGGUCGUUGCAGGCGCUGUCGCAGGCCUAGUCUCACGCUUCGUGAUAGCUCCCCUCGACGUCAUCAAGAUUCGCCUGCAGCUCCAAAUCCACUCGCACUCCGACCCUCUCAGCGUGCGUAGCGUCAAUGGACCCGUCUACAAGGGCACACUUGGUACUUUUAGGCAGAUCCUGCGCGAAGAGGGUGUUACGGGGCUAUGGAAAGGGAACAUACCUGCCGAGUUGAUGUACUUAGCUUACGGCGGCAUCCAAUUCUCGGCCUAUACGUACAUCUCGCACCUGAUCGAAGCUAUCCCGGCGCCAUACACCCCUCCUGAUUCUGCGACAUCGUUCAUCAGUGGUGCUACUGCAGGUGCUGCUGCGACGACUGCGACAUACCCACUCGACCUGCUACGGACGCGCUUCGCUGCCCAGGGAAGGGACCGUGUAUAUCCGUCGCUCAUAGCGUCCUUGAAACACAUUGCUCAGCAUGAAGGCCCGACGGGGUUCUUCCGCGGUCUCGGAGCCGGCGUGAGCCAAAUCGUGCCGUACAUGGGACUGUUCUUUGCUACCUACGAAAGCUUAAAGCCGGUCACGGCCAAUUCGCCUAUUCCACUACCGUUUGGAAGCUCAGAUGCAGCAGCAGGAAUUAUUGCGAGCGUCUUGUCGAAGACUGCUGUAUACCCAUUAGACACUACACGGAAACGAUUGCAGGUGCAGGGGCCAAUGCGAGAUAAAUACAUUCAUCGCAACAUCCCUAAAUACUCUGGCGUAAUCAGCACCGUACUGCGUAUAUGGAAGCACGAAGGACGAAGAGGGAUGUAUCGAGGCUUGACCGUCAGUUUACUGAAAGCUGCUCCAGCGAGUGCGGUUACUAUGUGGACGUACGAGAGAGUUAUGGGUAUGAUGUUGGCGUCCAAUGAGAAAUUAACAAAGGUCUGA